GACGGGCUCUCGGGCGUCUGGACGCCGCAGAGGUGCCGCGCGGUCGCGGGAGCGGGCGCCGGGCCGCCCGUGCGGUGGACGAUGCCGCUCAUAAACCAGCAGGCCCCGGAGGACAGCGACUACAGCUUGGUGGCCUGCCUCGACAACGUUAGGAACCUCUCCACCGUCCUGAAGGCCAUUCAUUUCCGAGAGCACGCCACCUGUUUCGCUACUAAAAACGGAAUCAAGGUUACAGUGGAAAAUGCAAAGUGUGUGCAAGCGAAUGCCUUUAUUCAGGCUGGAAUAUUUCAGGAGUUUAAAGUUCAAGAAGAGCCUGUUACUUUUCGAAUUAAUUUAACUGUCCUUUUAGACUGCUUAUCUAUUUUUGGAUCAAGUCCUAUGCCAGGGAACUUAACUGCACUUCGAAUGUGUUACCAAGGUUAUGGUUACCCCUUGAUGCUAUUUCUGGAAGAAGGAGGAGUUGUGACAGUCUGUAAAAUCAAUACUCAGGAGCCUGAGGAAACUCUGGAUUUUGAUUUCUGCAGCACCAAUGUGAUUAAUAAAAUUAUUCUGCAGUCAGAGGGGCUCCGUGAAGCAUUUUCCGAAUUGGAUAUGACAAGUGAGGUCCUACAGAUCACCAUGUCUCCUGACAAGCCUUAUUUCAGGUUAUCUACUUUUGGGAAUGCAGGAAGCUCCCACCUUGACUAUCCCAAAGAUUCUGAUUUGAUGGAAUCAUUUAAUUGUAAUGAGAUCCAAAUCAACAGAUACAAGAUUUCUUUACUGAAACCCUCUACAAAGGCAUUAGUCCUGUCUUGUAAGGUAUCUAUUCGGACAGAUAACCGAGGAUUCCUCUCAUUACAGUACAUGAUUAGAAAUGAAGAUGGACAGAUAUGUUUUGUGGAGUAUUACUGCUGCCCUGAUGAAGAAGGUCCUGAAUCUGACUCUUAAGUGUGACGGUGCACUGUGACAUUAAUGUCCACAUUCAGAUAGGUCACGUUCUCAUUCGCAUGUACUGGAUUUCCUAAUGGGCAGAGGCAGGGAGGAGACAGGAGCAAGAUCCCUGUGUCCUAAACUCACUGUCGUGUAAGUGAAUGUUUUCAUGUAGUCAUAGAUUAUCCUGUACUGGAUUCUCCUGUGGUUCUUUCUUUUGAACUCAUAAGAAGUAUUAUGAGUCAUGAUGAAUAAAUUUUAUAUUCUAUUUAAGUAGGACAUUUCAGAAGUCUGAAAAUUUAAAGUUUGAUGGAGCCAUGUAUGAAAUGUUCUUUUAUUUAUUUACUAUUAGAAAAAAUAAAGGCAUAUGGGCAUUGCUUAUUAGUUUGAAUUUUGGAGAGUAUAUCUUAAAGAUGUGAUUCUUAAUGGGUUGUGCCCAGACCAACACCAUUGGCAUCACCUAGAAACUUGUCAGAAACUCUGCGAGUGGGCCAGCAAGCCCUCCAUCAACCCCAGAAAUUCUGAUGUAUGCCAAAGUUUGAGAACCAUAUGUGAAAGGAUACUUAAAAAAAAAAAAAAAAAAGGCAUUUACUUGCAUUGAAUGGUUGCUUUUCUAUGAUAUUUCUUCACAAACCUAAAGCUUAGGCAUUGCCAAACAAGUCUGAAUAAUUAUAUGAUUUAUUUUUAAAGUAUUCAUUUUGAAGAAAUCUAUGAACAAGGUAUAAAAGUCUUCAGAUUAUAGAUUUUCUUGUUCUCAAGACUGCUCAGUGUAGUGAGUCCUGCGAAAAGUACUUAUUAGAUUCCUGUUUCCCUAUAAAAGUUUCUCAACCAAACUAAGGUGGAGAAAGACAGUUAUUAAGUGGUUUGCAUUUCUUGGGUAAUUUGCAAUGAAAUAAUUUUGUGGCAUGUAGAUAUUUAAUAAAAUAUAAUACUAAAAUUACCUGA